AUGCAGACCAAAGGGGGCCCACGGUGGGCAAGAAGGGCCCUGCUCCUCGGCAUCCUCUGGGCUACUGCACACUUGCCUCCCCCAGGUGCCUCCCUGCUCCAGCGGCUCCCAAGGGCUACAGGAAAUAGCACCCAAUGUGUUAUGUCCCCAUCAUCGGAGUUUCCUGAAGGGUUUUUCACAAAACAGGAGCGUGCAGAUGGAGGCAUCAUAAUCUACUUCCUAAUUAUCCUUUACAUGUUCAUGGCCAUGUCUAUUGUCUGUGAUGAGUACUUCCUACCCUCCUUGGAAAUCAUCAGUGAAUACUUUGGAUUGUCCCAGAAUGUUGCAGGUGCAACUUUUAUGGCAGCCGGUAGUUCAGCUCCUGAAUUAGUUACUGCUUUCCUAGGUGUAUUUAUCACAAAGGGCGAUAUUGGCAUUAGCACCAUUCUUGGAUCUGCAAUUUAUAAUCUCCUUGGCAUCUGUGCAGCCUGUGGCUUACUAUCUAACGUGGUUUCAACGCUAUCAUGUUGGCCCCUAUUCAGAGACUGUGCAGCAUACGUGAUUAGUGUAGCAGCAGUUCUUGCCAUAAUAUUUGACAACCAAGUUUACUGGUAUGAAGGAACUUCACUGCUUUUGAUAUACGGAUUAUAUGUUUUGGUGCUGUGUUUUGACAUUAAAAUUAACCAAUAUAUUAUAAAGAAGUGUGGUCCUUGCUGCACCUGCCUUGCCAAAGCAAUGGAAGAGAGAAGUGAACAGCAGCCACUGAUGGGAUGGGAAGAGGAGGAUCAACCAUUCAUCCGCAGGCAAUCAAGAACUGACAGUGGAAUAUUUCAUGAAGAUUCUGGCUACUCCCAGCUUUCUAUAAGUUUACAUGGUCUUAGUCAGGUUUCUGAAGAUCCACCAAGUGUUUUCAACAUGCCUGAAGCAGACUUGAAAAGAAUUUUUUGGGUACUAUCCCUUCCCAUUAUUAUACUACUUUUUCUAACCACACCAGAUUGUAGAAGAAAGUUUUGGAAAAAUUACUUUGUGAUAACCUUUUUCAUGUCAGCACUGUGGAUAUCUGCAUUUACAUAUAUCCUGGUUUGGAUGGUCACAAUAACCGGGGAAACAUUAGAAAUUCCAGAUACAGUAAUGGGCCUUACUUUAUUAGCAGCAGGAACAAGCAUACCAGACACGAUUGCAAGUGUGUUGGUUGCAAGAAAAGGCAAAGGAGAUAUGGCUAUGUCUAACAUCGUGGGAUCCAACGUGUUCGAUAUGUUGUGCCUAGGAGUUCCAUGGUUUAUUAAAACUACAUUUAUAAAUGCAUCUGCUCCUGUAGAAGUGAACAGUAGAGGACUAACUUACAUAACCAUCUUUCUCAACAUUUCAGUUAUUUUUCUUUUCUUAGCAGUUCACCUUAAUGGCUGGAAACUAGACAGAAAGUUGGGAGCAGUCUGCCUAUUAUUAUACUUGGGGCUUGCAACAUUAUCAGUUCUGUAUGAACUUGGAAUUAUUGGAAAUAAUAAAAUAAGGGGUUGUGGUGGUUAAUGUUAUGUGGAAAAUGUGAAUGAUGGGGAAGGGCAGAGAAGGAAAACUCCAUUUCUCCAUUUAAGUCAAAUAAAAAA